GCGGGUUGAAAGCGCCCGCGGCGGAUCUGAGGAUUCGGAUUGGAGUCGAAAGAGGGGAGAGGGUCGGGAGACGAAGGAAGGUGACUUCUGGUUGAGUCACAUGUCAUCUGAAGGCGUGACCAUUACAGUUCGUCUGGUUCGCUCCUUUGAGCACCGAAAUUUCAAACCAGUUGUAUAUCCUGGUGUUAACCUGGAUCAGACUGUAAAGGAGUUUAUUGCAUUUGUGAAGAAUGAUGUGUUAUUAAGAAAAGGACUUCCACCUCCCUUUAAAAAGUACAGAUACGACACAAUGAAGAUUAUUCACCAGGCACAUGGCUCUAAGACCAAUGAACUCGUUGUGAGUUUAGAAGAUGAUGACAAACUCAUUUUGGCAGAGGACAACACCCUCAAAGCAGCUGGAAUAGCACACGAAACAGAGUUAGCAUUUUUCUGCAUGGAUGAUUACAGAAAAUAUAAACUGAAUCCUGUUGCUGCCUGGUGAAGAUUUGGAGACUCAAACAGGCUCCCCUCCUGGUAUUUUUUUGUAGAAUGUACUCCCCUGUUUUGCUGUAAUAAUUAAAAAAUCUGAAAAGGUAUGUAUUGUAACUAUUGUCGCUUGUAGUUUAUACAUUACAAGAAACCAAGAUUAAAAAAGGAGGGGCAACGAAGUUUACUGACUGGCCUAUGCUAUGAUAUUUCUCUGAAUUCCUUUAAAUGUAUGAUGUGUCAAUGAGUUCUCACAAUUUCUGCAAGACUCUGGAACAGAGGUUGAAAUUUGAGAUGUUGGCCUACAAAUGGAGAACAGUAUUAAAUGUAAUAAAAAACGUAUCUUGAUUUUAAAAUAUUCAAUAAAAGUUGAGAAUUGUGUUCUUUUA